AUGUUGUUCCUAUUUGCAUUGCUUGUCACAAUAAUGUUUAUCAGUCAGAUUCACAACACCACCACAUGUCUGGACAAUGACCUAAAUAAUAAUAUUAAUAAUAAUAAUAAUAAUUUAAAGAGCAACCCAGAUCAGACAGAAAAGAAUAUCAACUCAAUCAUUGAUAAACCAUCAGUUCUCACAAAGGAAAAGGUGGUCGAGGCACAUCGUGUCAAGAUUCUACUGAAUACAAUUGAUUCAUCCAAUCACAAUCCUUAUACAUCCAACGCUCUGCUUCAGACCUACUUAACCUAUCUUCACUAUCACCAACAAUACACACAUGUCAUUCCCAAAUCACCAUCGAAAUAUCAAUACAAGGACAUCAUAACAUCCACGACAAUUCCCGAUCGUGCCUUCACCAACACAGCAGUACCACCACUCAAGGACUUGGAGAGGGAGUUGGCCAAAUUCUUUACGGACAAUCAAUUGACUCCAGACAAUCUCUACUGGAUGGACACUUACACGAUCAAUCAGUUGGAUAAUCUGGAAAAGAGGAGACUCGAGUCAGAGGUGGUCGAUGAGUUCUACUCAUAUGAGACCAAGAUGGACCAACUUCAAACCAUUCAGAAGGAGUAUGAGAUGAAGGAGGCUUUGCCAGAGUUUGAUCUACCACUGGAGCCCAUCCAUCCCAGACCAAUGAUCUCAGCUCCCUACCUCUUCCUACAUGUUCCAAAGACUGGUGGCAACACAAUCGUCAACCUCUUCAAGUUCACAUAUGGUACCACCAAGGUGCGUCAUCAGUGGGUACACCCUGGAUACAGAGAGAAGAAUAUUUUGGCUGGACAGAAGGCAAUUGUUGGUCAUUUCAACUAUGGUCUGCAUACCUAUCUGGAGGGUGAAGAGAGGGACAACUUCUCCUACAUGACCCUAUUGCGUGAUCCUGUCGAGCGAGUACUGUCACAUUACUUCUAUCAUAGAGAGAACCUUGAGGAUCCAGAGCAUGACCUGGCUGAGAGACUGCCAUUGGCUGAUUGGAUACUUCAAUCUCCAAGAGGAUCAAAUGAACAAACAAGAGUACUCUCUGGAAUUGCAGCAACAACAGAGUCAAGGGUCUCUGAUGAGUCCUUCAGGAUGGCAAUGUACCAUUUGAGAAAAAUGAAGUUUGUUGGUAUCACAGAGAGAUUCAUGGAGACAACAGUGUUGAUGAAGUACUACUGUGGCCUGAGCACAAUGAGAGAUAUCAAGCUGAAUCAGAGAAGAUCAAAGGUUGAUGCCUCAUCCAUCCCAAAGGAGACCAUUGAGUUGAUCAGGAAACACAACUGGAUGGACAUUCAUCUCUAUGAGGAGGCUCUCAAGAUGUUUGAGAGACAGUUGGAUAUUGUUGGUAGGGAGAGAGUGAACCAAGAGGUAAUGACAGAGUCACUGUGGAAGUGA